UUCAUCGUUCUUUUUACGAUAAUAAUGAUUAAAUGACACAGUUUAAAGGAAUAAUUACAUCAGGGUAAACAUAAAAUUCGACACCGCCUCCAUCGCUUUACACUUUCUUCACUGCAAUAAAUGGCGUCGUUUUAUCACAUUAGAUAUAAUGCUACUAUAUAAACCUGAUCUGAAAUGUUAGCAGUGGCUGAUAUAUUCUCCAUCUUUUCUGACUGAGACAUUUUUCAUAACAGCAUUCAAAUUCACCAUUUCCUCCAUCAACACAAUGUCAGAAAAAGACAGCUACGUUUGUACACAGCCAGCCCAUGUUACUCCACUGCAGAUUCCAAAACUGAAGAUAGAACGACGGAAAACAGGGCCAGAUAAGAAGGGAGCCAAAGUAGCGAAUCAUAAGUGUGAUAUAUGUGGCAAGGCAUAUGUUGAGUUGUCAUAUUUGAAGGCCCAUCAAGUUGUUAGUCAUGGUCCUAAUGCAGCUAAACCAAAUAAGUGCGACAUUCCAUCAUUGAAGACUUUCAAGUGUGACAUUUGCAGUAAGCAGUUCAGUAGAAAUUACCACCUAGACCGCCAUCGAAUGAUCCAUACUGGUGAAAAGCCAUUCAAGUGUAAAGUUUGUAACAAGACCUUUAGCCGUAACUAUCAUCUGCACAGACAUACUUUCAUACAUACUGGUGAGAAGCCAUAUAGUUGUGAAGUGUGUGCCAAAGCAUUUUCAAGAACUGAUAAACUUAAAAAGCACACUAAGACCCAUUUAGCACCUUUCCGUGAGGUUAAAAGUUCAAGAUGAGAAGAGAAAUUGAAGUAUAUAUAUAUAUGUGUGUGUAUGUGAAUAUAUAUAUAUAUAUAUAUAUAUAUAUAUAUAUGUGUGUAUGUGAAUAUAUAUAUAUAUAUAUAUAUAUAUAUAUAUAUAUAUAUAUAUAUGAUGGCCGUCCACUUUUGACCGAGGAAGACCAUUGCUGACCCUCAAGAACAUUGUGUGCUCUAGGACUAACUUAUAUUUUGCAUUUGUGGAUCCGUUGGUGACUAAUGAGCCCUGCUCUUGAAAAGCAUACACGACUACAAACAUUGCAAACCAAGCUUUCCCCAUUCACUAUGCAAGCAGUGCGCUUUUGAGUAGCACGCUUAAAUUCUUCAUGCAGAAUAUGUGCUCUUUCAAAGCUGUCAACCCCCUCCUUAACCUGCUUCCUCCAUCUGUAGCAAUGACAGGCAUUGGUCUCCUGCAUAUUACAGGCCUUUCAUGAGGCCUUUAUGUGUGUGUGUUACUUAAACACAGCAAUAAUGGCAGACUCACAAAUUUAUAAAUUUAUAAAAAAAAAAAAGUAAUUUGAAGGAGCAGUAUUUAAAUAAAUAGACUGCUAUUUCACUAUAUUUAUUAAGAGUGGAAUAGAUAUUCAUCUCCCAAAUUGGACAGCCAGGGUCUUUUCUAUUAAAAUUAAGUCAAAUCUAACCUGUUCUCAGUCCUAUAUUUUGAUAUCACUGAUUUUUAAUGCUGAUUCUGUUUGGGAAAUAACUUGCAAAAUGUGUGUCCUUUACAUAUACACAUAUAAGCACACAAGGUACCCAUUUAUGAACAUUCACCAUAUCUUGGAAUAAUUCAUUUUUAUUUUCAUUAUUAUAUAUUAGUUUCUAUGUAAUUAUAUAUAAAAUUUAAUCCUAUUAU